AUGCAUUCACCCCCCACCAGGCGAACGCCCCCGAGAAAGUCAAAGCCAAAGCCAAACCCUAUCCCAACACCGCAAAACCACCGCAUCUUCGAUCCCUGGAACUCCUCCUCUACAGGCCACCAGCGCGCCGAGAACCCAUACUCCAGCACCCCCGCCUGGCGCGAUACCCGCACCGCCAAACUUGAGCGCCAAUUCAGCGGCGGGGACUGUCGCGAGCGCGCGCGGGGUGACGAGAAUUGCACUGGUGCGUUCGAUGGGACGUGCGGGGAUGAGCUGGGGGAGAAAGGGUUGGAUGCGGGGGGCAGGGUAGGGGAGUGGCGAUGGGUUGCGGAGGAGGAGGCGAAGAGGGCGCAGUUGGGGGUGCGGGAUAUUCGGAGUUUCAUGGGGGUGGGGAAAAGGAAGGCAGAGUUGGAGGAGAAGCCGCAGACGGGGAAGAGGGUGAAGGGCGAGAAGAGGGACAUGUUGGCUAUGGUGCCGAGGGUGUCAAAGUCAACGCCAACGCCAGCACUAACAUCGACGGCUCCUCCCUCUACUUCUACCUCUACUUCUAUCUCUACCUCUACGCCUACACUUCCCUCUCCAUUUCCAUCUUCACUUUCACCCACGACAUCUCCCAACCCUCGCCCUGGGAAGACAGUCUCCCCUCAGAACUCACAGACACACACCCACACCAUCGCACCACCACCCUCGCCCCCGCAAAUCUUCGCCGGCACAACAAUCUACAUCAACGGCUCGACACUCCCCCAGAUCUCGGAUCACAAACUCAAGACGCUCCUCGUGUCGCGCGGCGCGGCCAUCGCCAUCGGCAUGGCCCGCAAGACAGUCUCCCACGUCAUCAUCGGCCGGCCCGGGUCUCUGGGCGCAGGCGCGGGCGGCGGGCUGGCGGCGGGGAAAUGGCAGGGCGAGAUUGAACGAGGUGGAUGGAAGGGGGUGAGGGUGGUUGGGGUGGAUUGGGUUCUGGAGAGUAUCAAAGCGGGCAAGAGGCUGGCGGAAUCGAGGUUUGUUGUGCUGGAGAUCGCGCCGAAGGGUCAGAGGAGCGUGGCGAGUAUGUUGAGUGCGCAUGGUGGG